UACCCACCUCCCUCUCUCUCUCUCUCUCUCUCUCUCUCUCUCUCUCUCUCUCUCUCUCCACAAUGCCGGACUUCUCCAACUCCGUCAAUCUCAAGUACGUAAAACUAGGCUACCAAUACCUCGUAAACCACUUCCUCACCCUUUCACUCGUACCCAUAAUACUUGGUGUUAUGGUUCAACUAUUUCGGUUUGGCCCAGAUGAGAUUUCUAGGCUUUGGACAGCUCUCCGCUUCAAUUUCGUUCAUGUAUUGUGCUCUUGUUUUGUGAUUAUAUUUGCGGCGACUCUCUAUUUCAUGUCGAAGCCAAGGCCUGUUUUUCUCGUCGAUUACGCUUGUUAUAAGCCACCGGCAUCGUGCCGAGUUCCGUUUGCGACGUUUAUGGAGCAUUCGAGGUUGAACUUGAGUAAAGAGCCCAAGAGUGUUGAUUUCCAAAUGAGAAUUCUCGAAAGGUCCGGUCUAGGAGAGGAGACAUGUUUGCCACCGGCAAUACACUUCAUUCCUCCAACACCAACCAUGGAAUCCGCCAGAGGAGAAGCAGAGCUCGUAAUUUUCUCCUUAAUCGAUUCCUUAUUCGACAAAACCGGGAUAAAGCCCAAGGACAUCGACAUAUUGAUCGUGAAUUGCAGCCUAUUUUCCCCCACACCAUCACUUUCCGCGAUGGUGGUAAACAAGUACAAAAUGAGGAGUAACAUAAAGACUUUUAAUCUAUCUGGCAUGGGGUGUAGUGCUGGGGUGAUUUCAAUCGAUUUAGCUCACGAUCUUCUUCAAUUUCACCCCAAUUCGAAUGCUCUGGUUGUGAGCACGGAGAUUAUUACACCCAAUUAUUAUCAGGGGAAAGAGAGGUCGAUGCUUCUUCCCAACUGUUUGUUUCGAAUGGGUGGCGCCGCUAUUCUGUUAUCCAACCGGAGGUCUGACCGGUGGCGAGCCAAGUACCGGUUGCUUCACGUUGUUAGAACCCACAAAGCAGGUGGAGAUGAUAAAGCCUAUCGCUGUGUCUACGAAGAAGAAGACCCACAAGGCAAAAUUGGGAUAUCCCUAUCCAAGGACCUAAUGUCCAUAGCCGGAGAAGCCCUGAAAUCCAACAUCACCACCAUAGGCCCACUAGUCCUUCCCUCAUCCGAACAGAUUCUCUUCCUCCUCUCCCUCAUCUGCCGCAAAAUCUUCAACCCGAAAUGGAAACCUUACAUUCCUGACUUCAAACAAGCGUUCGAGCACUUUUGCAUCCACGCGGGGGGCAGGGCGGUGAUCGACGAGCUGCAGCGGAACCUACGGCUGUCAGCGGAGCACGUAGAGGCGUCACGGAUGACGUUGCAUAGGUUCGGGAAUACGUCGUCCUCUUCCCUUUGGUAUGAGACGGGGUACGUCGAGGCGAAAGGGAGGAUGAGGAGAGGGGACAGAGUAUGGAUGAUCGCGUUUGGGAGUGGGUUUAAGUGUAAUAGUGCUGUUUGGAAAUGCAACAGGAAUAUCAAGGUGUCGAGUGAUGGACCCUGGUUUGACUGUAUUGACAGGUACCCGGUUCAGAUUCCUGAAGUGGUCAAGCUCUAACGCAAGAUUGGUGUUGCAUGUCAAAGGAAACAAAAACAAAAAAACCCUUGUAUUACCUAUAGCAUCUCACUCGUAAGAGGCGAGUCUCACAGUCAGAUAUUAUAUGACUCGAAUCCGACUGUGAGACUCAUCUUUUGUAAGUUUUUGUGUCUGAAUCUGUGUCGUGGACGAGACAUUGUGAACAACAAAAGUUAAUACAAUGUAUGCACAGACAUGUAUACGCUCGGAUUUCGCACCAAAACCAGUUUAUGAUCUGUACUUCGACGGUGUCAAGUUUGUAUAAAAUUGAGUUUGGUGUAGAUCGAAUUCUGUCUGUAGCAUUGCUGUUGUGGAAUAUUAUACGAGUGCAGGUUUUGGAUA